AUGUCUCUCCGCAAAAGAGCCUGUUCCUCAUGCGUGGCGGCGAAGCGAAAAUGCGACUCCGCUUUCCCGGCUUGCCACCGCUGUGCCCAGCGUUCAUUGACUUGUCAUUAUCCGUUCCCACUUCCGCGAAUCUUCCAAGAUGAUGAGCAAAAUGACCUAAGGGUGGAAGAUAUGCUGAUGCCGAGCUUGGUGGCACUCCGCGACCUUCAAACUGACUCUACGAUUGGGAAUCCCGCGACAGGAUUCUGUUACACCGAAAAGAGCUUGUUUGAGAGCCAAGUUAGCUCGAUUCUUUCCGAUAAUCUAGCCAGCUCGGAUGAGAGCGUUGCCGAUGAGCUUUUUAUUCCGUCCACGACGGAAACGCUGAGCAGGUCUGGAUAUGAUCACAGCUGUAACGGUACCCAGUGGCCCGUUUCGUUCGACCGAAGGAUCCUAGAGUUCUACCCACGGGUCGAUGAUAAGAAAACGUGGGCGUUCGGCGUCAAGACACUGCUCAAUCAAGUCGAUGUUUUCCUUCGCACCGGGUCAGCCUUCUUCAUUCACCCCCAAGCACAGACGGAAAACAAUCUUCUACCUCCCUUGCGAGUCGCUUAUGGUGUCUGCUCGUCUUACAGGUUACGGGCUGAGUCAGAAUUCCCGUUUUUCCAGCAGCUUCUCGAGAACGAGAUAGAGAAUCUGAUGACACUGAGAUCUCCGGAUACACUCCAGGAACUAGUAGCAGAGCUCUGCGCGAUGCUCUUAUACUAUGUCAUAAUCCACUUUGGCGGAACACAGCAGCGAGGGAAGCUGGCAGACAAGUCAGAAACUUUUCUAGCACAACAUACAGCCCGUGUCGAGAGCCUGGAACUCGCGACUCGUCAAUCAACGGCAACCCUGAUUGAAGCUGAAUUAUUAUCUGAUGAAGAGGUGUUAAACCUGUGGCAUCUAUGUGAAAGUGCCCGUAAGGUCGUGAUGGUCUCUUAUCUCGCGCGGGAGAUCCGCCACGUCCUCCGGUUCAAGACUUGCUAUCUUCUUCGACACAUAGUUGCGUUGCCGGUUUCAAAAAAGCUUAUAUUCGUACCUGGGAACAAAUAUGGUACUGGGCAUACUUCGUCUGCACAAUGGCAGGAUGUCGUUUCAUAUGACCGGUUCGUCCGAGACUGGGAGGAUGGUAGGCGAGGCGUGGCUGAUGAGUUCACGUACUUUCUGAUUUCGAUGUGCAAAGGUACAGAAGAGCUUGAAAUCAGCUUCAGCCCUUCAUUCUCUCCAUUUCUUUCUUGA